AUGGUGGCUCAUCCAACUACCGAGUGGACCCAACUUCAGGAUCGCUUUUAUAGAAAACAAGAAAUUUACACAAUGUUGUGGAAGCGUAUGGAUCUAUCAAAAUAUAUGAUAGCAGGUGCUCCAUAUGGAGGUCCGAUAGCAAUGAUACGCGACGAUAAAAAAGUUAUAUUAUUAGAAAAGCAACAACCAGUAAAGCCUACUAUAUAUUUAUACACCUCUGCAGGAAAAUUAAUGGAACAAUUACAAUGGGACAAAGGUAGAAUUAUUUCGAUGGGCUGGACUGAUAGGGAGCAGUUGAUUGUGGUGUUGGAGGAUGGUACAGUUAGAUUAUAUGAUAUUCAUGGAGAAUAUACACAAUGUUCACUUGGAAAAGAAGCAAAAGAUCAUUCUGUUAUUGAUUGUCAAAUAUGGGGGACAGGAUUAGUAGCUUUAACAGGAAAUUUCAAGCUUAUAGAACUUACAAAUUUUGUAGAGCCAAGACCAAAACUUAUGGCAGAUCCAGGCAUUUGGACAGUGAUACAGCCACAAUACUCUUUGAGUCGCCAUGUGGAGGUAUUGUUAGCAACUGGUGCCACUAUAUUAACUGUAGAUGCCAAAGAAGCUCAGGAUCAAUUACUUCAAAAAGGCCCUUUUACCAAAAUGGCAGUAUCACCAAAUGGCAAAUACCUUGCUCUUUUCACAGCCGAUGGCAAACUUUGGGUUGUAUCCACUGAUUUUCAAAAAAAUUUAACCGAAUUCUCCACCAAAUCUCAGGUCUCUCCUCAACAAUUGGUUUGGUGUGGUGCAGAUUCUGUUGUUUUAUAUUGGGAUACAAUUGUUUUGAUGGUUGGUCCACUUGGUGAUUGGAUUAAAUAUUCUUAUGAGGAUGCUAUUUAUCUUAUUCCAGAAAUCGAUGGAAUUCGUGUGAUAAGUAGUGACAAGUAUGUUAUUGAAGAAAUUUUUGGAAUUGGAUCUACUGCACCUGCUGCUAUGUUAUUUGAUGCUUUGGAUCAUUUUGAAAAAUCUAGUCCAAAGGCAGAUGAAAACAUUAGAGCCAUACGACCAGCACUAGCCGAUGCUGUUGAUGCAUGUAUUGAGGCAGCGGGGUAUGAACUUAAUCAAUAUUGGCAAAAAAGUUUGCUUAAAGCUGCAGCAUUUGGCAAAACAUUUAUGGAAUCGUACAAUGCUGACAAAUUUGUAAAUAUGUGUCAAACUUUACGAGUGUUGAAUGCAGUUCGUUACUAUGAAAUCGGAAUUCCUGUAACAUACGCACAAUACACACGAAUUGCACCUGAUUUUCUGAUUGAUAUACUGAACAAUCGACAUCAUCAUUUAUUAGCAUUACGUAUUUGUGAAUAUUUAAAAAUGAGAUCUGAUAGAGUGCUUGUUCAUUGGGCUUGUGCAAAAAAAUCAAGAGAUGAUGAAGAAACAAUUUGUCGUAUGAUUGUUGAAAAAUUGGCAAAUAAACCAGGUUUAUCAUAUGCAGAUAUUGCAAAGACUGCACAUAAAGUCGGCCAGCCAAAAUUAGCAGCAAAGUUACUUGAUUAUGAACCUCGUGCUGCUGACCAAGUUCCAUUGCUUACAAGUCUACAAGAGGACGAAUUAGCAUUAAUUAAAGCAAUUGAAAGUGGUGAUACUGAUUUAGUAAUAUUUCAUCUUAAACGAAAACUUAAGGGAGGGGAAUUUUUUAGAAUAAUUAAUAAUAAACCUAUGGCAUGUAAUUUAUUUGAGGUUUAUUGCAAACAACAACAAGAUUAUAAAACCUUGGAUGAUUUCUAUUUACAAGAUGAUCGUCGAGUGGAACAUGCUAGUAUUUUUAUUAUAGAAAGUUAUGAACAAAAGGAGAUUGUUGAAAGAAUAAAUAAAUUGAAAUUAUCACAGAAAUAUUUUCACGAAGAGAAAGAACGUUCAUUUGAAGCAAAGGCUAUUGAUGAAUAUAUAAGAUUAUUGCAAACUCAAAUACAAUUAGAAAAGGAUAUAAAUCAACCAUUUGUUGAUUUAUCUCUAAGUGAGACUGUUCAUAAAUGCAUUAUUACUAAUAAUCACAAUAAAGCAAGUAAGCUCAAGUCAGAUUUUAAAAUACCUGAUAAAAGGUUUUGGUGGAUUAAAUUAAAGGCUUUGGUGGAAAUGAGAGGUUGGGAGGAAUUAGAUAAAUUGUCAAAAUCAAAAAAGUCUCCUAUUGGUUAUGAG